AUGUGGCUUGUUCACGAGGCCAUACGCUCUGAUAUACCGCGUGAACUGGACCCAGAAACCAUAUACGCACGUUUGAUGACUAUGAAUUUCGCUGGCAUCCAUACAUCUACCUUCACAACGGUCAAUAUGCUACUCGACUCAUUGUCCCGGCCGGAUGUUUUCAACGCGAUGAAGGAAGAAAUCAAUAUGGAAUAUCAGCGCUCUGGAUGCGAAUGGAACAAACCUGCGGUAGACAAUCUUAGAUUUACCGAUAAUGUCCUCCGUGAGAGUAUGCGUUUGUCUGGUCCUAUUGUACGUCUGAUCAGAGAGAUAAAUGCCGAAAAUGGAGUGCAGUUAAACGGCGUGUCACUUCCCAAGGGAACAAAGAUUGCUGCCGAUAUGCACAAUAUGCAUCGUGACGAGGAAAUAUAUAAGGACGCCAACACUUUCGACCCAUUGCGCUUGAAUCCUUGCACCGGCCAGCCAAUGCCACCGGCUGUCGAGACGAGCGAAAAUUUUUUGCCUUUCGGGCACGGCCGACAUCCGUGUCCCGGUCGUUACUUCGCGAGCCAUGAGAUUAAAUUGAUCAUUGCGAUUAUUGUUCUGAAAUAUGAUGUCAAGUUCCUGGAGAAACGUCCACCAAAUAUGGUUCACGCAUUCUUCAGAUUCAGAACUCGAAAGUUCCUGAAUUCGGAUCUAUCCCGUUGCUACAAUCGCGUUCAGUACCAGGUUCGGUAUAUUCUUGAUACCGCUACUUUCUAA